CUUAAGACAUCUCGUGAUUAUUAUUUUGCUAAUCGGUGUCCACUCGUAAGCCUAAAGACAAUGACUUCAUUCAAACGCUUGCCAUCGACUGUCACUCCAAUCCAUUACUCCAUCACUUUGAGGCCAAACCUCACGAGUUUGACGUUCAGUGGAUCCGAAGACAUCGAAGUGCGCAUCAAUUCGGACACCAAUGAGAUUGUCUUAAACUCACUCGAGAUUGACAUCACUUCCGCCUCUUUUACGCCACAAAAUGGCAAAAAGUUGACUCCAUUGCGGAUCCAAAGCAGUGAUGAAACGGAAACCUCUUGUUUCACAUUCAGUGAACCCUUGACCUCAGGAACCGGUGUCUUAAGCAUUCAAUUCACGGGUAUUUUGAACGACAAACUCAUAGGUUUCUAUCGAAGCAAAUACCAGAGCCGUGAGGGACGGGAGGAAAGGUAUGCAGCGGUCACUCAGUUCGCGGCCACAGACGCGCGCCGAGCCUUUCCGGGUUGGGACGAACCGGCCAUCAAAGCCACGUUUGCCGUCACUCUUGAGGUUCCCAUCGAUCGGAUGACUCUUUCCAACACUGAUGUCGUCUCAGAGGAGGUCCUCGAAGACGAUCCUCGUGUUAAGCGCGUGAAGUACUCGACGACACCAUUGAUGUCAACAUAUUUGUUGGCAUUCAUUGUCGGAGAGUUUGAUUUCGUCGAGAGUGCGACCACUGAUGGGGUGAGGGUUAGAGUGUACGCACCGGUAGGGAAGGCAUCGCAGGGAGAGUUCGCUCUGUCCGUGACGGCCAAAGCGAUCAACUAUUACAACGACUACUUCGGGAUUAGCUAUCCGUUGCCUAAAAUGGAUUUAAUAGCGUUGUCUGACUUCGCAUACUGGGCGAUGGAGAACUGGGGGUUAGUUACCUAUAGGGAGACCGCACUUCUUAUGGAUCCCAAGAACUCGUCGUCAAUGAGCAAACAAAGUACUGCGUUAACAGUGGCUCACGAGGUGUCCCACCAAUGGUUCGGAAAUCUGGUCACAAUGGAGUGGUGGACCCAUCUGUGGCUAAACGAAGGAUUCGCUAAAUUCAUGGAAUACCUGUGUGUCGACCAACUGUUCCCCGAAUACCAGAUUUGGAUGCAAUAUGUUUCCCAAACUUUCCUACCGGCCCUCCAGUUGGAUGCUCUCCACAACUCCCAUCCCAUCGAAGUACCAAUAGGUCAUCCCUCCGAAGUGAAUGAGAUAUUCGAUGAGAUCUCGUAUAACAAGGGGUCGGCUGUCAUACGAAUGCUUCACCGGUUUAUUGGCGACGAGUUAUUCCGCAAAGGAAUGCAUUCCUAUCUCUCUCUUCAUAGCUAUAAGAGUGCGAAGACUGAAGACCUCUGGACUGCUCUCCAGGAGUCGAGUAAUAAACCGGUCAGAGAUGUGAUGAGCACUUGGACUCUGCAGAAGGGGUAUCCAGUUAUAUCUGUGACGUCCCGUCGCGACAAGGAUUCAGUGAUUCUAAGCCUAACUCAGGAGAAGUUCUGCGCCGACGGAAAACUGCCGGCGAAUGAGUCGACCACUCGAUGGCUGAUCCCUAUAUCUGUGAUCAGAGCUUCAGAUCCCAACCAAAUAGCGGUCGAAGUGUUAAUGGAUUCCAAGACACUGGACAUCGAAGUGCCGAACGUCUCGACCAAUGAAUGGCUGAAACUGAACGCCAGUUGUGUCGGAGUAUAUCGAGUCAACUAUUCUCCAGAACUGCUGUCACUUCUGUUGCCAUCGAUUGUCGACAAAACUCUUCCGCCUUUGGAUCGAUUGGGUCUUCAGAGCGAUGUCUUUGCUUUGGUUCAGAGCGGAAGGACAUCCACUCCAGAGGUCCUCAAACUGAUGGACGCCUUCGCCAACGAAGACGACUACACCGUUUGGAACGCCAUCGACGGCUGUCUCGCGAAACUCAAUCAACUCCUGUCCCACAACUCAGAAGUCCUGCAACUGUUCCACGCAUUCGGUCGACAGUUGCUGUCGAAGACAUACUCACGACUCGGUUGGCAACCAAUCAAAGGAGAGACGCAUUUGGAUACUCUUCUCAGAGGUUUAGUAAUCAAUCGUUUGAUUAGUUUUGGUGAUCAGAGCGUCAUAUCUGAGGCCAAAAACCUGUUUGACUCGCACUGUGCGGGCAGUCAUGUCAUACCCCCUGACCUGAGAUCAGCCGUCUAUCGGGCCGUCGCUAUCGACUGCAACGACAAGACUUUUGAUACUUUACUUAAAUUGUAUCGCGAGUCAGAUCUUCACGAAGAGAAGCGAAGGCUAUCCUUAGGUCUGGCAUCUGUUAAAGACUCCAAUCGUAUCGCAAAAGUUCUGGAUUUCGCUCUUUCGGUACCAAUUAGUGACGUUCGGUCUAAUGAGUCAGUGUUAGUGAUAAUAUCGGUGGGGCUCACGAGGAAUGGUCGGGACAUCGCGUGGAAGUUCUUUAAGGAAAACAAGGAUGAGUUGAGACGUCGCUACGAAAGCGGAACUCUUAUCGGACGUCUUGUUAAGCACAUCACCGAAAACUUCUGCACUGAAGACACUCUACAAGACGUGCAGACAUUCUUCACCGAAAACGCAUUCCCCGGAACUGAACGCACAGUAAAACAGUCUUUGGAAUCGAUUCUCGAUUCACUUCUACAAGACGUGCAGACAUUCUUCACCGAAAACGCAUUCCCCGGAACCGAACGCACAGUAAAACAGUCUUUGGAAUCGAUUCGUGUGAACAUCGAUUGGUUGAGUCGAGACCUGCAGUCGAUUCACGCGUUUUUGACUAAACGCUCGUAA